AUGACAGACGAUGAAAUGUAUGAAGAUUAUGAUGUAGAUGAUGAUUCAGCCGAAGAGUCAGGAAACGAAUCAUUAGAUGAUACAGAAUAUGAUGAUGCAGCAACCCAAGAGUUUGAUUUUGAUGAAAACCAACCACAAAGAUCUCUAGGUAAAUUAACAAGACAAAAGAGUUUUGAAGUUUUAAAUAAAGAUGAUCUUUUCUCAGAAUCUCAUAAAAUUAUAAAAGAAGUUAAAGAUGUUUUAAGUAUUCCAUCUGAAGCUGCUGUUUCAACUUUAUUAAGACAUAUGAAAUGGAAUAAAGAAAAAUUAAUUGAAAGAUAUAUGGAAAAUCCAGAGAAAUUAUGUAUAGAUGCAGGUGUACCAAAUGUUAUGAAAUUAAAUGCAACAAUUGUAGAAAAGAGUGGAAAUGUUUCAUGUUUAAUUUGUUUAGAAGAUUACCCACCAACACAAACAUUUGCAUUAAUUUGUAAUCAUCGUUAUUGUUUACCAUGUUAUAAAAACUAUUUAGAGAUAAAAGUUAGUGAAGGACCUGAAUGUAUUUAUACACCAUGUCCAGCACCAAAAUGUAAAGUAAUCGUACAUCAAGAUGCAUUCAAACAAAUUGUAUCACCAGAAGUGUUUGAACGUUUCAAUAACUUUAUUUUGAAAUCAUAUGUAGAUGAUAAUCCACAAGUUAAAUGGUGUCCAGCUCCUGGUUGUAUAUAUUCUAUUAGAUGCGAUCGUAAAGAACGUAAAGAAGCAGUUAAUUGUAAAUGUGGUUUCCAAUAUUGUUUCAAUUGUAAUGAUUAUGAAAUUGGUGAUCAUAUGCCAUGUCCAUGUAGUCAAGUUGACAAAUGGCUUCAAAAAGCUUCUGAUGAAUCUGAAAAUGUAACUUGGAUGUUAGCAAAUACUAAAAAAUGUCCAGAAUGUCGUAGUCCAAUUGAAAAGAAUGGUGGUUGUAUGCAUAUGACAUGUAGAAAGAAUGCAGGUGGUUGUGGAUUUGAAUUUUGUUGGCUAUGUCGUGGUCCAUGGACUGAACAUGGUUCAACCACUGGUGGUUAUUACAAUUGUAACAAAUAUGAUAAAUCAAAAGCCAAAGAAGAUGAUGAUAAAGCACAUGAUGCUAAAACUGAAUUAGAGGCAUAUAUGUUUUACUACCACAGAUAUGAAUCACAUAGAAACGCUAUGAAGAUCGCCGAUGAACAAAGAAGGAACGCACAUCUUAAGGAACAACAAAUCUUAAGUAAAUUCGAUGUUAGAUCGGCUGAUACCAAAUUCCUUAUGGAGGCAACUGAACAGUUAUUAAAGAAUCGUCGUGUAUUACAAUACUCCUAUGUCUAUGGUUACUAUUUGGAUAAAAAAUCUCAAGAACGUAAUCUUUUCGAAUACCUUCAAGAAGAUCUCGAAAAACAUACCAAUCUUUUAUCAACUCAAUAUGAACAAAGUUUAGAUAAAUUGGAAGAUUAUCAAGCAUUUAUAAAAUGGAAAGAACAAGUUACAAAUUAUACUAGAAUCACUAAAAAGUUUUUGGAUAAUUUUGUUGAUGGUGUUGCUGGUGGUUUAGUUAAUACUCAAAUUAAUUAA